UUACUUUUCCCCCAAGAUGCACCUGUCCAAAUGAACCGAAAAGCCAUUUUGUUGUGCUAGCUAGCCGCUUGGUCAGAGAAAAGUCUGUUAGCAUGAAUAAAAUGGACCUCUGACACAAAGUGCAGACAUGUCGAGCCAACGAUAUCAUUUACUAUCGCGGAAUGUUACAAUUGACCCGACUCGUCCUUGUAAGUCUGCCAAAGUAGUGUGUGUUAGCAAUGAUGCUAAUGCGUUGCGGUGACUACUAUGCUACAGUCACAGAAGUACACAGUUUGCUAGCUGCGGCGGCUGUUUUUUUUUUUUUUAACUUAGUUGAGUAACCCAACACAAUUCAUUUUUUUGCUCACAGAUGUGCUAUAUAAAGAUCGGGACACUUUUGCUUACAACCAAAGGGACUUGAUUCAAAAAUUAACUUGCGUUCGACAAUAAACAGGCGACUGGGACAUCAACGAAAACUUAGCAAAGACACUUGAAGCACCAAGCGAUAAGACAUAGUGCUAAUCUGAUCAUGGCCCAAGACACCAGACAGGACAAGAGAGCCAACUUCUCCGCUUUAACGGACACCAACGGGAUGACCAGGACCUCUUCCAUGGCCUCAGGAAAAACCGCCACUUCCAAGAAAUUAGUGAUAAAAAAUUUCAAAGAUCGGCCAAAACUAGCUGAGAACUACACUGAAGACACCUGGCUGAAACUGCGAGAUGCAGUCAGUGCCAUUCAGAACAGCACCUCCAUUAAGUACAAUCUUGAAGAGCUCUAUCAGGCCGUCGAGAACCUGUGUUCGUAUAAAGUAUCCCCUACGCUGUACAAGCAGUUACGGCAAGUCUGUGAGGAGCACGUGCAGGCCCAGAUCCACCAGUUUAGAGAAGAGUCUUUGGACAACUUUUCCUUCCUAAAGAGGAUGAAUCGCUGCUGGCAGGAUCACUGCAGGCAAACUAUAAUGAUCAGAAGCAUAUUUCUCUUCCUGGAUCGUACGUAUGUGCUGCAGAGCUCGCUGCUCCCAUCUAUCUGGGACACUGGGCUGGAGCUGUUCCGUACCCACAUUGUAGGUGAUAGUGCUGUUCAGAAACGCACAGUAGAUGGCAUUUUGGAGCAGAUCGAACUUGAGCGUAAUGGUGAGACGGCUGACCGCAGUCUAUUGAGAAGCCUGCUGGGAAUGCUUUCAGACCUUCAGGUGUAUAAAGAGUCCUUUGAAGAGAGAUUUUUGCUUGAGACAAAUCGUCUGUAUUCUGCCGAGGGACAGCAGUUGAUGCAAGAAAGAGAUGUGCCUGAAUACCUGCAUCAUGUGGCUCGUCGGUUGGAGGAGGAGAAUGAUCGUAUCGUGAGCUACCUCGACCAGAGUACCCAGAAACCUCUUAUUAGCUGUGUUGAGAAACAACUUUUAGGAGAGCACAUGACUGCAAUAUUGCAAAAAGGUCUGAGCGUUUUGUUAGAUGAGAACCGUGUGACUGAGCUGGCCUUACUUUAUCAACUGUUUAGUAAGGUGAAGGGAGGACUGCCGACAUUACUGCAGUUUUGGAGAGACUACAUCAAGUCCUUUGGUGGAGAGAUCGUGUGUACACCGGAGAAAGACAAGGACAUGGUGCAAGAGCUGCUGGAUUUUAAGGACAAGAUGGACAAUGUCACUCAGUGUUGCUUUUCACGGAAUGAGGGAUUCAUCAAUGCCAUGAAGGAGGCCUUUGAGACAUUCAUCAACAAACGACCCAAUAAACCCGCAGAACUAAUUGCUAAAUAUGUGGAUUCAAAGUUGAGAGCUGGUAACAAGGAGGCUACAGAGGAAGAGCUGGAGAGAAUUCUUGACAAGAUUAUGAUAAUAUUCCGUUUCAUCCAUGGAAAAGAUGUCUUUGAAGCGUUUUAUAAGAAGGACUUGGCCAAGCGUCUGCUGGUUGGCAAGAGUGCUUCCGUUGAUGCUGAAAAGUCAAUGCUAUCCAAGCUGAAACAUGAAUGUGGCGCAGCGUUUACCAGUAAGCUAGAAGGGAUGUUUAAGGACAUGGAACUCUCCAAAGACAUCAUGAUUCAGUUCAAACAGUACAUGCAGAACCAGAGUGAGCCAAGCAACAUAGAACUAACCGUCAACAUCCUCACCAUGGGUUACUGGCCUUCAUACUUACCCAUGGAGGUCCAUUUGCCCUCAGAGAUGGUAAAACUCCAGGAGGUGUUCAAGCUGUUCUACUUGGGGAAGCACAGUGGGAGGAAGCUGCAGUGGCAGCCCACACUUGGCCACUCCGUCCUAAAGGCAGAGUUUAAAGACGGAAAGAAGGAGCUACAGGUGUCCCUGUUCCAGACAUUAGUGCUACUGAUGUUCAAUGAGGGAGAGGAAUUCAGCAUGGAGGAGAUUGGUACUGCCACAGGCAUAGAGGAGGGCGAGCUAAGGCGUACAUUGCAGUCUCUGGCUUGUGGAAAAGCCCGCGUCCUCAACAAGAACCCACGAGGGAAAGACGUGGAGAAUGGAGACCGUUUCAAUUUCAACAGUGAUUUUAAACACAAACUUUUCCGCAUCAAAAUCAACCAGAUCCAAAUGAAAGAAACCGUUGAGGAGCAAGUUAGCACCACAGAGCGCGUGUUUCAAGACCGGCAGUAUCAGAUUGAUGCAGCUGUGGUGCGCAUCAUGAAGAUGAGGAAGACCCUCAGCCACAACCUACUUGUGUCAGAGCUCUACAAUCAGUUGAAGUUCCCUGUCAAGCCUGGUGACCUGAAGAAACGGAUUGAGUCCCUCAUAGACAGAGACUAUAUGGAGCGUGAUAAGGAGACUCCUAACCAGUACCACUAUGUUGCCUGAGGGGGCACCACAGUCGAGCCAUGCUUUCCUCUUGGCAAGUGUACAGCUGGUUCCCAAAGCAUCUUCACAGCCCUUCAGCCAUCCAGCUUCUCCUCUGGUGCCUAUCUUUCUCCUCAGCCAAGAUCAUGGGUGCAGAAUCCAGAUCCCACUCAGAUCCACAGAGGAGUCCCUGGGCUUUGUCCCGCCCAUGUUUCUGAUGGCUCUGGGGUCUGUCAUGGGAGUAAAAGUUGUCCGAGAGGAGGCUGGGGAAGUGGCCAAGGUUGUUUCGGGUUUGUUUAAAAAAAAAAAAAAAUUAAGAAAAAAAGACUAGCACUUUCCUUUGUUUUUCUGCACUCAGCAGUUUUUUUUUGUUUGUAUUCCCUCAAUGGCUUUGCGCUGAAAUCAUUUUGUAUCAUAGUAGUUUGUCACAUUUUAAGUGUUUUAUUUUCUUUUUGUCAGAGAACUUCUUCCUUGUAGACAUGGUUGUUGCAGAUGCGAAGAGAGUUGAGAUUUACUAAUUGGGCCAGAAGGGGGAGCAUAACUUUCUGUGGUGUUUUGUUCAUUUCUUUAAACAUAUUGCUCUGGUGAUGACGUCCUGAACAUUUUUUUUCUAGAUCAGAUUGUAUUUUAUGUAAGAAUGAAAACAGUGAAUAAAUUGAUAUUUAAUUAUUUGCUGACAA